CAACCCCAACCCCAACCCACCCAACCCGCAACCUCCUACCUCGACCUCGGCAUAACCCUCGCCAUCCACGCCUGGCCCUCCCUCUCCCUCGCCGUCCAAUCCCUCUGGGGCGGCCCCACCUCCUCCGACAAACGCGACUGGCUCUGCGGCGCAAUCUCCGACAUGCUCACCGAGCGCCCCGAGACCGACGCCGAGGACCUCGAGGACGUGCUUAUCCAAGUAAUGAACGACGAAUUCGACGUGGUUGUUGAAGAUGAGAGCGCGGGGCCGGUUGCGGCGAAGAUCAUGGAGGUGAAGACGCAGGUGCAGAGGGGCGAUGUGGCGGGGAUUCAGGAGAUGUGGGAGAAUUGGCAGAAGAAGAGUCAGCAGAAGGGGAAUGCGGCGGCGGGGUUUAAGAGGGGGGAGGAUGAGGAUCAGGAAACGGAUGAUGAGGUUGAUGAGGAGGGUGGGGAUGUUGAUAUGGGGGAGGCGCCUGCGUUGGUUAGGGCUCCAAAGGAGAAGCCUCAGCCUGAGAUUGAUGAGGAUGGGUUUACUAUGGUUGGGAAGAAGAGGUGA